CCGCAGCGCACGGGGGAAGCCGCGAUGCGGGCGCCGGAGCUGCAGCUGCUGCUGGCCUUGGCUUGGCUGGCGCCGGGGGCGCGGGCGCAGAACGAGACGGAGCCCAUCAUCCUGGAAGGCAAGUGCCUGGUGGUGUGCGACUCCAACCCCACCUCCGACCCCACCGGCACGGCUCUGGGCAUCUCCGUCCGCUCGGGCAGCGCCAAGGUGGCCUUCUCGGCCAUCCGCAGCACCAACCACGAGCCGUCGGAGAUGAGCAACCGCACCAUGAUCAUCUAUUUCGACCAGGUACUAGUGAACAUCGGCCUCAACUUUGAUUCGGAACGCAGCACUUUCAUCGCGCCCCGGAAAGGGAUUUACAGCUUUAAUUUCCACGUCGUGAAGGUCUACAACCGGCAGACGAUCCAGGUCAGCCUGAUGCUCAACGGGUGGCCGGUGAUUUCGGCCUUUGCCGGGGACCAAGACGUCACCCGAGAAGCCGCCAGCAACGGGGUCUUGAUCCAGAUGGAGAAAGGAGACCGGGCCUAUUUAAAACUGGAGCGAGGAAACUUGAUGGGGGGCUGGAAGUACUCCACGUUCUCUGGAUUUCUAGUAUUCCCUCUUUAAAGGACCCACUCCCCCCCCCCCACCCCACUGGAGGAAGUGGGGAAGAAAAACAGCAAGUCUGAGAAUGGCCGGCCUGUCCUUGCAUUGCGGCUGGGUGAGGGGGGGGAAGGACUGUGGACUUCUGGAUAAUACCUAGCGACACAUCGCAGAAGUGGAACCCUGUUGAGGUCUGUGUACAUUGUACUCUGAAGAUAUUUCCCUAACGGUGCAGCCAACAGCUGGAAGAAGAUGCUUGAACUUCCAUUGCCCUCCAAUAAUCUCUCUGUCUUUCUCUCUUCUUUGCAAACUGAAAUUAGUUCGAGUCUAUAUUUAUAAAUGGCCGUCUCCACCCUACACCUGGUGGUUUCGCUUUCCAAACUCUCUGGGUUAUUUUCUUUUUAAACUUCAAAACCAGUUUGCUUCUUCUUCUUUUUUUUAAACCUUAGAACUAUAUUUUUACUCUGUCCCUGAGUUGAACUUUUAAAAGGAAAGUGUGUUUUCUUAAAUUCCUGGGUGCCAUGGCGAGAGAUGCGGUGCCAGCUUCAUCGCGCUCUUGAGCAAGAAAACCAGGAGAGAAGGGUUCCUCGCCACCUGCUCGAGCCAAGUCUGAUUUUUCACUAUUUCUGUGUAAUUUCUGAGUGAUUGUGGAAUUCUCCAGGCUGCUUAAUGUUGACGCUUGUUUCUUUUGCUCUUGUCAAUCGUGGCCCAAAGGACAUGCCAAGAAAGUAUAUUGAACUUUGACUAAUUAACCUGUAAGAUAAGGUGUGAUUAUUGACCAGUUAAUUGGGGGGGGGGGGGUGCUUUUAGUUGAAUAAUUUUGAAAUAGGAUUAUCUAUUUAUUUUUCUUAAGACAGGAAACAAGUUUCCUCCAUGCAGGUUGAUCAGACUGGGGGUGGGGGGAAUUAAAAAAAAAAAAGGAAGAAAAAUAUGCAGUGACACCCAUUUGUUCUGAAUGCAAAAUGGAAGACAGCAGGGAAACCCUUGGAGGCUAGCCUUGAGUGCAAAACUUUUAGCAGUGUUUUACCCUUUUAAAAUGGGGAGAGGCUAACUUGUCCGUUUCAGUGUUUGCUUCAGAUUUAAGAAGUCUGCUCUGUUGAAUAAGUUAUCCCCUCCCCCUGCCCAGAUUUUUUGAGCAAAAUUGUCCCUUAUAUUCUCCCCUCCCCCUUGCCCCCAUAGAAUAGUCUCUCAGUCAAACCACAUUUUACACAUCUGUCUCAUAGAUAAGGGGGGGAAAUCUUUUACAAGGUAUACUGUAAAACUAAUAUUCUUCUUUGCUAAUAUUCUUUUGUUUACAGUCUUUCCAAGAUGUACAUGCUAUAAUUUUUUUGCAGCACUCCGAAGAGAAUAGCUACUUUUAUUAUGCAGGUACAGUAAAAAAAAGAAAAGAAAGAAUUAACUUUCAAUUGUAAUCAAAACAUAAUGUGAAAUAAAGCCGGUGGAAUAAACAAA